AUGAAGUACGCCAUUCCAUCUGCCGCGUUGGUAGCCGGUGCUGUCUCACAGGCUACCUUUGAACCUGCAGAUUUCAACGUUACUGAGGCGUUGCUCGACAACGGUGUCAACGUCUCCGCUAUACCUGAGCUUGCACCUUUGGUAGAGAGAUCGUUGUUAAGUGGCUGCUCUAUAGCUUGUAACUCCUUGAAGUUGAUCUUUGGUGACGACCAAAUUGAGACACAAUCCGAAGCCGCAUACAGUGCGUUUAUUGGUAGUUACUGGUCAGGUCAACAGAGACAAAUCUCUCCUCGAUGUGUCUUCAAGCCCGAGAAAGCUUUGGAUGUCUCAACCUCUAUUCUUCUCUCUCGUCUUACACAAUGUCCUUUUGCAGUCAAGAGUGGAGGCCACUCUGCAGUACCCGGUGGCUCGAACAUUGAAGGCGGCAUUACUAUCAGCUUCGAGAAGAUGAACAAGACGAUAGCAUCUUCUGAUAAGAAGAGCGCUACGUUUGAGCCUGGCCAAACAUGGUUUGAUGUAUACACAACGCUGGAGAAGCAAAACCUUGCCAUCAUCGGCGGUCGAGUUGCCAGUGUCGGCGUGGGCGGAUUAACGCUAGGUGGAGGUAUUUCGUACUUCUCAAGUGUGUACGGUUUGGCAUGCGACAACGUCAUCUCAUAUGAGGUAGUUACUGCGUCUGGACUUAUCAUCAACGUCAGCCAGAAUUCGUUUCCAGAUCUUUACUGGGCUCUUCGAGGUGGUGGUAACAACUUUGGUAUUGUCACAAAGUUUAACGUCAACGCUAUCCCCAGAGCGCCGACCAUGUGGGGCGGUAUGCGAACCUAUAUCUCUGAGUUCCCCGCUCUUAUCAAUGCAUACUACAACCUCGGAAUGAACGCAAAGAAGGACGGAAAGGCCCACCAAAUCUUGUCAUUCGGCUGGAGUUCUGAAAUCGGUCAAGUUGCUCAGGUUGAGCUAGAGUACUCAGACCCUAUCGUUGACGCACCAAUAUUCGCCGAAUACAACAACAUCACAGGACAGAUUGCAGACGGAACAGGCGUCAAGAGUCUCGCAGAGCUCUCCUCGAUUCUAGAAGGGCCCGCCAGCGGUGCAGGUCUUCGACAGGCUUUCUGGACCUGGUCAACCAAGCUUGAUGUGGAAAUGGCCACUGUGACCAAGGACAUUUUCUUUGAAGAGAUCACUGAGGUUCUCGACGCGGCGGAUCUUCUCCCAGCUGUUUCCCUUCAGGUGAUUACCGAACCCAUCAUCGAGGCUGGUGCUAAGAAGGGUGGCAAUGCGCUUGGCCUCGACCCGAAGGAAGGACCUCUCCUGUUGGCUCUUAUUGCUAUGAAGUGGUCCAACAGCGCGGACGACGAUAGACUGAACAAGUUCGCCGCACGCGUCAAGGAUCGCUGUAUAGCCGCAGCUAAGGCCAAGGGCAAAGAUACCGACUACCUGUACAUGAAUUACGCUAGUCCGUACCAAGACCCCAUUGCUGGAUACGGUGCAGUAAACAAGGCUAAGUUGAAGGCUGUUUCGAAGAAGUACGACCCCACUAGUGUGUUUGAGGUCCUCCAGCCUGGCUAUUUCAAGCUUGAUGGCGCGCCGCUGGGCCAAUUAUGA